UCAUGCAGACGUGUGUUCGCGUGUAUCUUUCUGUUUCGCUCCCGUUUCACGUUUGCGACAGUUUUCGAGCCGCUUCGUUGUGUGUGUUGCAUAGCUUUGUCGUUGUGUGUGUGAGCCUGUGAGUACUGUGAGUCUGUGUUCUGUGCAUUGUUGUAACGGGCGCCGCGGUUUGUGGCAUUUUUGAGUGCCGGUCGUCAAAAUAUUCAAAAUUUUUUAGUAAAUUAGUUGAAGUGUUUAAAUAUUACUUUCAAAAAUAGAGUCACGAGCAGUAGGGACAAUUGUGAACCUUAUUAUUCGUAAAAAUGGUUAUGAAACCUGGAAGCCGCAAAUCUAGUAAUAAAAAUCCACCCGUAUUAAGUCACGAAUUUAUAAUACAAAAUCAUGCUGAUAUUGUUUCGUGCGUGGCUAUGCUAUUUGUGGUCGGUCUGAUGAUUCAGACCACUGCGCCCGUGGCUAGCCUGUUUAUUGCCUUGCACCAUAAUAUCAGUGGAAAUGAACCUACGAGGGAAUCCCCAAGGGGGUCACCUUUUCAAUAUGAGGCCGGAUGGAAAGACGCUUGUGCUGUAUUUUUCUAUUCUUUGAUCUGCACUGUUAUGCAUGCCAUUUUGCAAGAAUAUUGUCUGGAUAAAAUUUCUAAAAGGCUACACUUGUCAAAGUCAAAACUAUCUAAGUUUAAUGAAUCUGGGCAGCUCGUAGUUUUCUAUUUGACUUCUGUUAUUUGGGGAGCCGAUGCUAUUCUUAGAGAAGGAUUCUUAGGAAACAUCUCCGCUCUAUGGGAAGGUUUUCCAAAUCAUCCAAUGGGAUUUUUGAUGAAGCUUUUCUUCAUUUUUCAACUUUCUUAUUGGAUUCAUGUUUUGCCAGAAUUAUAUUUCCAACGGAUUAAGAAGGAAGAAUGGGGUGCUCGAAUUCAACAGGCUCUCUGUGGAUUAACUUUUGUUGGAGCGGCUUAUUUCUUCCACUUGCAACGUGUUGCAUUAUGUUUACUUGUUCUGCAUUAUUUUUCGGAAUUUGUAUUUCAUUCUGUACGAUUGGUUGAAAUUCUUGACAAGGAUGAAAAAGUCACUUCAGCUUGCAGUCUAGUUACUCGUCUAACAUUUGUUGUUGUUCAUGUUGCUACUAUUACUUUAUCUGUCUUGACCUUCUGGUAUGGAUUGGCUCAAAACAUAGUUCCUGCACCUUAUGUGUUGCGUAUUGGAUCUCUUCUUGCUGUUCUUUCUCUACAAGCUUUUCUGAUGUUCACGUUCAUCACAGGACAAUUGGCUAGAGCACGCGAACAAAAGAGUGCUAUCAGUGCUGCUUUUAAUCUUAAAGGCAAAAAAGAUUCGAAGAAGGAUAAAAGUAAAAAGGAUAAAGGUAAACGAGAAGAAUCGGACCUUCCUGAGGUAGAUCAAAACACGCACAAAAAUCUUAGAUCUCGAUCUGCAGCUCAAGCUAAGGCAAAAUAAUUUAUUUUUGUUUACCAGAAAAUCAUUUUGCGAGAUCGUUUUGUUUAUAAUGUGAAUAAUUCAUAUGUUGAAUAAUUCAAACAUUUUUAAUCAUACGAGUGUAUAUUUUAUUCCAUUCUUUUAUUGAUUUUAUCAUACUUUUUAUACCAUAUAUAAUGUAUCUUGUAAAAUCAUGUUGACCAUUUUAAAUACUAUACUUGUUUCAUAUUUGAGAUGAAUG